CAUGGAUUGAAACAGACAAGCUAGCAGUACAAGCUGGUUGAUCAGCUCAUACCCAUCUCAACCAUCUCAUGACCAGUUUGAUCAAAUCCAUUUCCAAGCUGCUCAAGCUGGUUUAGCUGGAUUUUACAACAGGGAUGACGAUGACAAGACAAUAGGACACUUUUAGAAAGUGUAAAAGGUUCAAGAACCAUUUUACCUAGAACAAGAAAACUAGAUUCUUCUGAUUCUUCUAUGGAAUCACAGUGUUCCUUUUUUCUGAGAGUAUAAUCUAGUGAUGUCAAAGAUAGAGGUCAUCUAUAACUCAGCCGGUUGUGAGUAAAUAUGUAUUUUUUAUAAAAACAAAAAUCUGCUUGACACUUGCUUAUGUAUGAAGUGUUAUGUCUGAGUUAAAUGCAGUCCCCAAAGAAGAAAAUGUCAUUAUGCUGACCAUGAUCCCUUUGCUUAAUCUUAUUAUUACAAGAAGUGGUAAGCAAAUAAUUGGAAAUACUAACGUUUAAAGAAAAUACCACAAUCUGAAUGAUAACUAAACCCUUGCUUCCGAUUCUGGUUCAGUAGAGUUAGUGACCAAUAUUUUCUCUCUUAAAUGUCAGAUCAGUUUGAACUAUAAAAACAAGAAAUGUAGGACUGACUAUUUGGGAGAAAUCUUUAUUUGUUAAAAUAUAGUUUUGAAGAUUUAGUUGUCCAGUAGAGUGGCCUUGGCACUCUGUCAAUUUCAUCAAUCAUUACUUCAUUUUUGCAGUCAUUCUGGACCAAAGUUCCUCCCAGUCCUAUAAUUGAAAGGUAUGAUAGGCAACACGGCAGUCGGCAAUUCUCAAGGGAUAAAACUUAAGCUCCAUCAGCUUGUUGAAUUAUGGGAGACUGGUCGUUUCUCGCAACACUGCUGGACAAAGUCCAGACCCACUCCACGGUCGUCGGAAAGGUCUGGCUGACCGUCCUCUUUGUCUUCAGGAUCUUGGUCCUCUCGGCCGGAGCGGAGAAGGUGUGGGGGGACGAGCAGUCAGGGUUCAUCUGCAACACCCAACAACCUGGUUGCAAGAACGUCUGCUACGACCACGCCUUCCCCAUCUCCCACAUCCGCUUCUGGGUCAUGCAGAUAAUCUUCGUCUCCACGCCAACUCUCCUCUACCUGGGACACGUCAUGCUCAUUGUGCACAAGGAGAACAAACUUAGGCGCCGUUUGCAAAAUCAGGUGUGCCACACUCUGAAGGUACCCAAAUACAGCGAUGAGAGUGGAAAAGUUCACAUCAAGGGCAAUCUGAUGGGCAGUUAUUUGGUGAAUGUGUUUUCUAAGAUCUUGCUUGAGUCAGCUUUCAUUGUGGCACAGUAUUAUCUUUAUGGCUUCAUGCUGGAGCCCAUGUUUGAGUGCUCCAGAAAUCCCUGCCCGUUUACUGUAGAGUGCUACAUGUCACGACCCACGGAGAAGACCAUCUUCAUCAUUUUUAUGCUGGUGAUGGCCUGUGUGUCUCUGCUAUUAAACGUGCUGGAGAUAUUUCAUUUGAUUUGCACCAGGAGCAAGUGUGGCUCUAACAGACACCAGAAAACUCUGUUGGCUAUUCCAGUGAAUACUGAUCAUCAUAGAGAUGCAGUUCUGCAAAAUAAGGAGAAUGCACUGCAAGAUAAAGUCAACCUCAGUUUUGAACCUGGACCGAAUGCUAACCAGAGCACCGCAUAGGAUGGCAAAUAAGACUCAAAAGGGAGUUCCACAGUGUUCUGUAAAAUCUAAAAAUAACAACAUGAGUUUGCUUUCAUUGGACUGCCUUGUUGAAAAGCUGUUAAAUGGCAGUUAAAUACUGCCCUGACCUUGUUCUGUCCAACAAAAUAGACCAAUUUUCAUAUAUAUGGUAUAGUACAUUAACAUUAUUCAGAGGCAUGUUGCCAUUUUGUGCAAACACAUUAAAUCAGCAUAUUGUUAGUUACAUUUGAUUUUUAACUUAUUUGCAUGUGUCAGGAUUUCUGUGAAUUUUCUUUAAUGCUACAGUCAAAUAUUGUAUGUAAAUGUAUUUUGUUCCCAUGUUAAAACUUUAUAAAUAAAUCUGAAUGAUGUGA